AUGCCUGUGUGGUCUUUUGUAGAAUUGUCGAAUAGUUUGCUUAGCCCAAAGACGGUGGGUGUAUCACCGUUUUAUUCUCCGCUGGAGGAACGCAUAAGCACUGAGCCGCCACGUCUGCGAAGUGCAUUAUGGGAUUACAUGUUGUGCACAAAGCGGGCAAUCAACACACGUAUUAUUGGUUUCUGCGAGCCAACACUGCAGCAGUGUGUGGAUGAUCUCGUGCUGUACACAAAAGCCUCUCCGUGGGGCGGCAGUGAUGCGGAUGCCCUUGCGGAGGUGUUGCGACGGCGCCGGGGUGUUGUGGAUGUGGACUCGCUGCCGUGGGAGCCGCGGGCUGGAUACAAAAAGUGGUUGGAGGAACAGGGAAGAUUACAGAAAGACUAA